AUGAUAGAUCAAGAAAAAUUACAGGAGAUUUUACUUUCUAAAGAUCAACAAAAAAUAGCCGAUUUUUUAUUAAAAUUGAGAGAUCAACGACGUUUAGAUGAAUUAUUCCAAGCAAUUCUUGAACUUCUUCAAAAAUCUUCUGUCUCCGAAUUUUCAAUUUCUCAAUUAAUUUUAAAUGAAUUUGUUGUGUAUUUUCGUGAACUGAGCCCCCUAGUUUCAUUUGAAUAUUCCAAACUUUUAUUGAAUGUAAUAAAUUCUUUGGGAAAUGGGAAAAAAAUGUUGAAAAGUCUUGUUGUUAUUCUUCGUUUAUUGAUUGAAAAUAUACCACUUUUGAGUGCUAGACAGACACGAGAUUUAAUUAAAAGUGAUCAAAUGAUUGAAAUAUGCUCACAAUUUUGGAAUUCAGGUAAUUUUGUUUAUUUGGGAAUAUUGAACCGGAUAGACUCAUCUUUUUCCUCCCCAAUUUUUCCCUAUAUUUUUGCAAAUUGGUCAGCCUUCUUGAUCAGCACCAAUCCUAUAUCCUCUCAAGCGUUCCAAAACAGCAUUCAGAUCUUCACUAACACGAUUGGAAUUCCCCUAAUUUUUAAACAAAAUUUACCAACAUUAAAAAUGUUAUCCCUACCCUUUUUUUGGACUAUUUUAAGGACUCAUUUAAGUAAUUUUAAACCGGACAGACCUUUUCCUCACCAGUUUUCCCCCUAUAUUUUUGCAAAAUUGGUCAGAAUAUUUCCUCUCUUUCAUCCAAAUUGCCUUUCUAUUUUUACCUACAAUCAAAUAAAAAGGAUUAUUUAA